AUGAAGGUGUUUAUGCUUCUUUCUUUCAGAGGGUUGUCUCCUGCAGAAGCAGAGUUCAAUUAUCUCAAUACAGCACGUACCUUAGAACUCUAUGGAGUUGAAUUGCACUAUGCAAGGGAUCAGAGUAACAAUGAAAUAAUGAUUGGAGUGAUGUCAGGUGGAAUACUGAUCUUUAAGAACAGAGUACGAAUUAACACCUUCCCAUGGUUGAAGAUUGUAAAAAUUUCUUUUAAAUGCAAACAGUUUUUUGUUCAACUUAGGAAAGAGUUGCAUGAAUCCAGAGAAACAUUACUGGGCUUCAAUAUGGUGAAUUACCGCGCAUGUAAGAACCUGUGGAAAGCCUGUGUUGAACAUCACACGUUCUUCCGUUUGGACCGACCGCUCCCCCCUCAGAAGAACUUUUUUGCACAUUAUUUCACUUUGGGUUCAAAGUUCCGGUACUGUGGGAGAACAGAGGUCCAGUCUGUGCAGUAUGGCAAAGAAAGAGCAAACAAAGACAGGGUAUUUGCAAGAUCCCCUAGUAAACCCUUGGCACGGAAAUUAAUGAGUGGGAUGGACUGGGAAGUAGUGAGUAGGAACUCACUGUCUGAUGAUAGGUUAGAAACCCAAAGCCUACCAUCACGGUCUCCACCUGGAACCCCAAAUCAUCGCAACUCCGCCUUCACUCAAGAAGGAGCUCGGUUACGACCCUCCUCGGUUGGACAUUUAGUGGACCAUGUAGUUCACACUUCACCAAGUGAAGUGUUUGUGAACCACCGAUCUCCAUCUUCCACCCAGGCUAACAGCAUAAUACUGGAAUCAUCACCAUCUCAAGAAACUCCUAUAGAUGGGCAACCUCCUGCAUUACCACCCAAACAAUUUAAAAAGAACAGUUGGAACCAAAUUCAUCAUUCACACUCACAGCAAGAACUGGAUAACCACAUCAAUGAAACAUUUGAUGUUCCUGCAUCUCCUGAAAAGUCCACACCCAAUGGUGGUGUUCCCCAUGACAAUCUUGUUAUGAUCAGAAUGAAACCAGAUGAAAACGGAAGGUUUGGCUUCAAUGUAAAGGGUGGAUAUGAUCAGAAGAUGCCAGUAAUAGUGUCCAGGGUAGCUCCAGGAACACCCGCUGAUCUUUGUGUUCCUCGUUUGAAUGAAGGAGACCAGGUUGUACUGAUCAAUGGCAGGGAUAUAGCAGAACAUACCCAUGAUCAAGUUGUUAUGUUUAUUAAAGCUAGCUGUGAGAGGCACUCAGGGGAACUUGUGCUCCUUGUUCGACCCAAUGCUGUCUACGAUGUUGUGGAAGAGAAGCUGGAAAGUGAACCUGACUUCCAAUACAUCCCUGAGAAAUCUCCACUUGAUGGUGUCCAUCAAGAUGAUAAUGCUCUGAGAGAAUCCAUGAUUCAGCUAGCAGAGGGGCUUAUCACUGGAACUGUUUUAGCUCAAUUUGAUCAACUGUAUAGGAAAAAGCCUGGAAUGACAAUGUCUUGUGCCAGAUUACCUCAAAACAUUUCCAAAAAUAGAUACAGAGACAUUUCGCCUUAUGAUGCUACACGGGUUAUUUUAAAAAGUAAUGAAGAUUACAUCAAUGCAAAUUAUAUAAAUGUGAGUAAUGCUUCUAAAAAUUGCUUCUGACAUAAAGUAAUUUUCAACUUUUCAAUGGAGGACUUUAAUUUACAGAAAAUAAAUUUUCUGUGACCUAGCUCAGGCUAGAAUAAUAAGCCAGUAAUCGGAUGGUUAGAAAUGUACUGUAGGUUUACUUAUUUACUAAUGCCUGGUGGCAAAUACUUUCUAAAUCAAAAUAAACAUGCAAAAAAACCCUCGGAAAAAAUAGCUGUCUAUCGGAGUAAUGCGUUCUUCUUAAUGGAUUGCCAAUGUGGCAGUAGUGGUCAACACCAGAAAAGUCUAAUCUAGAAGCAUAUAUUAACAUCUGUUUAUUUACUUCUUAUUGUCAGUAGCAACAAAAAAGUACUUUCCUCCUCCUACUUUACUUCCCUCUGUGUAAAAAAAACAAAAAAACAAAA